GUUCUAUAUCCCGUAUCGACCCCGCCAUCCAAUCACUUCCCAAUCGCAACUCCCUCAAGACAACAACACACUUCGUGAAUCUCUCCAUGUUCAGCCGCACCCAGAACUUCAGUCACCAUGCAGACUGACCUUAGGUCCCCUGCAUACUAUGACCCAGCCCUCUAUCCCAUAGGCAAAGGCCGGCACUUGCCCACCUCCUGGAUCUCCCAGGCUCUCAUUCCUCAACGUGUUCCCUCCCCACCCCCCUCAACUCCCUUCCGCAUCUUCGAUCUCCCCACCGAGCUGCGCCUCAAGAUCUUUCGCUAUGUCCUCCCGCACCACUGCGUCAUAGAGAUCGGUCCACGCACCCUCAAGCCCUACCUCGCCCGUUCCCCCCGCACGCCCUCCUGCAUGAUCCGCAUGCGCCUCACGCAGCUCCCGACCGACCUCAACGCGUCCCGCAACAUUCUCGCCGUGUGCAAGAGCUUCAGGGCUGAGGCCGGCGACAUCCUGUACGGCGAGAACACGUUCCGCUUCGUGGUCUCGCGCGACAUGCUCGGCGCGAACAACAUCGAGAACCCCUUCACCUGGGUGCCGGACGGCGUGCUGUCGCAGAUGCGGAAGUGCGAGAUCCUCAUUUCGGAAGUCCUCGAGCGGCCAGCCGUGUAUCGACGCGUGCGGCGGUGGUUGGAGCGCAUGGUGCAGCGGAUGGGUGAGGACUACGCGUUGCAGAGGCUGAAGGUGGAGCUGCUGAAGGGGAGAUUGGUGCCGUGGGGUCAUGCGUUCAAUAUGCGGGGCGGGACAGUACAGCGGUUCCGGCCGAGUGCAAGGGUGGAGGGGAGCAAUGGGUAUCAGUUCGUCCUGGAGCCGUUGGCGAGGCUGAGAGAGGUAAGGGACGUCAGGAUUCAAGGCCACGUUGAUGAGGGGUUCAAGGGAAUGAUUCAGGAGGUGAUGGGAAUGGAGAGGACCUGGGAUGGAUUGAAUGCGAGAGUCUAUCCGGAGAAGGUAGUGUUGCGGAAGAAGAAGGCAGGUGUGAAGAAGACAUACCAGAAGAUGUCUACGAAAAAGUUCUGGCAGCCGGAGUAUGAUUGGGGAGUCGUGGGCGAGGAUGAGAUCAUGUCGAGCGAUUAGGUGUUCGGGUUGCUUUGUCGAUGGUUUGAUGGCUAACCUGUCUCCUUGCGUGCUGUUUGUUGUCAUGAUACCCACCACUACCGGGGAGUCUCUGGUUCAUCAAACUGGGUUUGAAUUCCUUCUUCUAAUUGCUUCAAUAUCAAGUCUAUUCAAAACCAAACGUCUCACUACCUCCGAUCCAUUGUGUCUAGUAAUCCUCAUGUUCAAU